AGAGAAAGAGAGAGGGAGAAGAUGAGAGAGAUGCUGAAAAAGUGUCUCCUGUUCGCCGUGGUGGCGGUGAGCCUGUCAACGGUCAAUGCCAGCAGGUACACCUACAAGUCGUCGAACGCGGACGGUGAUCUGCUUAUCAAUCAGAAAAAGAUCUAUGAUCUAUUUUUAUACGUGAGCCAGCCAUUCACCGAUACCGAGUAUUUUGCUGCAGGACACAAUUAUGACAUCUUCAGCCACAUCGCCUACUACACGAACCGAGAAGUGGUUGAGGAAUUCAUGUGCCGCUACAAGGCUGGCUUCCUACAUAAGGAUGCCCUGUUCACGUAUUACAACCAAGAACAUCGCGAUGAAUUGGUGUCGUUGUAUCGGCUCUUCUACGCGGCAAAGGACUUCAGCACUUUCUACAAGACUGCAGCCUGGGCCCGAAUACACAUGAAUCCGGCCCUUUUCACCACUGCAUUAAUCUCCGCUAUCUCCUCUCGCGACGACUGCAAGUUCAUAAGUUUCCCAUACAUCUCAGAAAUCUGCCCCAAUGCUUUCUUCGACUCCAAGAUCAUCUACAAUGCUCAACAAAUCGCAAUGACUCACGGGGCAUCAGGAUUCAGUGACAAAAAAGUCGAUACUGACAGUACCGUUGAAACUUAUCAUCUGUAUUCCAACUUCUCAAACUCCUACCCGAACUGGGCUUACAAGAGCGAACAUCCAUUAGCUUAUUUCACAAAUGACAUUAAGCUAAACAAUUACUACUAUUACUUCCGUAUGGCCUUCCCCUUCUUUAUAAGCACCAACCAUUACAAUACGUCGAAAAUGUUCCGUGGUAAAAUAUACUUUUUCAUUCAUCAACAACUCAUGGCCAGAUACUUCCUUGAGAGAUACUCCAAUGGAUUCACCGAUGUAGAAUAUUUCAACUUGGACAAGUUCAUCCUACCACCGUUCUAUGACAGCUUCGUUUUUCCAAACGGUGUUCCCAUGCCAAGACGUGACUGGUGGAACGUCGUGCCGGCCCAUAAGCUCAAAUACUUCGAGUACUUGAAGAAACUCGAAAUCCGUAUUAUGGAGGCCAUUGACUCUGGAUACUUUUAUGAUGAAAGUGGCAAACAGGUCAGCUUCGACACACCCGAAGGUCUUAACUACCUUGGUAACAUCAUUGAAGGUAACUACGACUCCUUCAAUCUCAAGUACUAUGGUUCCUUCGACGCACUUGCUCGUAAUGUCUUUGGGGCUCACUACGAUCAUCGCUAUAAGAACUACAAUGUCCCCAGUGCCCUUCAAUACUUCGCUACCAGCAUGAAAGAUCCUGCAUUCUACAGAAUAUACUACAAAAUCGUUGAAUUCUACUACAGGCACAAGUCCUUAUUAGGCCACUAUCCCAAGCACGAAGUGGAAUUCAGUGGCGUGAAGUUUGAAAAUGUGGAUAUCGGUAAAUUGAUAACGUUCUUCGAGAAUAAACAUUACUUCAUCAACAAUGCCGUUAAUGUUGGAUCGUGGAAAAAUGGACAAUCCUUCGUUAUCAAAGCCCAUCAAUAUCAGUUGAAUUACAAGCCAUUCUCUUACAAAUUCACCAUCAACUCUGACAAAAUGACAAAGGCUGUCAUUCGCAUUUUCCUUGGGCCAGCUUCCUACGAAGAACAAUACGAUGACUAUUCACAUUUCCUUCACUUUAACAGCAAAUUCUUCAUGGUCGAUGAAUUUGAAGUGCACUUAAAGGAAGGGACAAAUAGCAUAGAACGAUACAGUAAUGAAGCAAUUCAACAUAAUAAAUCACAUUACUCGUUCGAUCAAUUCUACAAAAAGCUUAAUCAGGCUAUCGAAGACAAAGAGUCGUUCGAGCUACCUCAGCACGAAAUCAGCUUCCCCCACAACCUUUACUUACCCAAAGGAUCUCCCGACGGCAAGAAAUUCAAGUUCUUCUUCUACAUUGGACCGUGCGAAAGCACCAUAACCUACGAACUGCCAGUUUUCGGCAAACGAGUAUUAUAUAGCAACAAUCUGGGAUUCCCGCUUGACAGACCCGUGAGCCCAUUCUUCUUCCAACUUGGCAAUAUUUACGUGAAGGAUACGUUCAUCUAUCACAAAAAGGAUUACGAGUUCAGCGAUUAUCAUGACGAAUCGCACACCAACUACUUCGUCAACGAACACCAUACGACCACUGAUUUUUUCAAGUCUCAGCCCCAUAAGAACUCCGAAUUCACGAAUGAAAAUGACGAGUUUAGCACGAAAAGGAGCGACCGAGCGCGCAGCUUUAACUUUAUGCACAUCUAAAUAUUUAAUAAUGAAAUUCUUUU